AUGGAAGUGGAUUAUGAAGAAACGUGCAAUGAGAAAAUCCCAUUAUGGAAAUCCUGGGCUUCUAAUGGAAGAGUUCAAGAAGCAAUUGAUCAGCUACUAGCUCUUGAGAAACAAACCAGAACAGGAGCUGACAUGGCAUCUACUGCCAGGAUCUUGGUGGCCAUUGUACAAAUUUGUUUUGAGGCUAAGAAUUGGUCUGCACUUAACGAUCACAUUGUACUCCUUUCAAAGAGAAGGUCGCAGUUAAAGCAAGCUGUUGUUAAAAUGGUACAAGAAUGUUGUACUUAUGUUGAUAAGACUCCUGAUAAAGAAACAAAGAUCAAAUUGAUUGAAACUCUGAGGUCUAUAACUGAGGGAAAAAUUUAUGUUGAAGUAGAAAGAGCAAGACUAACCAAUAUUUUAGCUAAAAUAAGAGAAGAUGAUGGCGAUGUGGCAGAAGCUGCAAAAAUUAUCCAAGAGCUUCAAGUGGAGACCUAUGGAUCGAUGGACAAACGUGAGAAAGUAGAAUUAAUUUUAGAACAAAUGAGACUGUGUCUAGCCAUCAAAGAUUACAUCCGUACACAGAUUAUUUCCAAGAAAAUUAACACUAAAUUCUUUGAAGAAGACAAUGCCCAGGAAUUAAAAGAGAAGUUUUAUCGGAUAAUGAUUGCAGUGGACCAACAAAAUGGGCAGUAUCUAUCUGUAUGUAGACAUUUCCGAGCCCUCGGUGUUGCUGGUGGGCCUGAAGCUCUUAUUGGCAGUGUGGUCUUUUUAAUAUUGGCACCUUAUGACAAUGAACAAGCUGAUCUCACACACAGAUUGAAUGAAGACAAGGAGUUAGACAAACUACCUGAAUACAAGCAGUUGCUGGGUCUGUUCAUUAACCCCGAAAUCAUAAGGUGGAACACGCUCUGCACAACUUACGAGAAGAUGCUGCGUAAAACUCCUUACUUUGAUGCAUCUGAUGAGAAAGGUCAAGAACGUUGGAAUGACCUCAAGAAUAGAGUUGUUGAGCAUAAUAUCCGCAUUAUGUCGAUAUACUACACGCGCAUAACACUGCAGCGUAUGAGCGAACUGCUCGGCCUAAGUGUGACAGAGACGGAGGAGGCCUUGAGCCAGUUGGUCGUCAGUGCAGUCGUGCGGGCUAAGAUCGACCGUCCAGCCGGCGUUGUACACUUUAGCCUUAACAUGGACGCGUCGGAUCGCCUCAAUGAAUGGUCGAACAACCUCAACACUUUGAUGCAGCUUGUCAACAAAACUACUCAUCUUAUAAACAAAGAGGAGUGCGUACACAAGCAUCUGUUGGUCACUGCUGAAUAG